GUUUUCUUAUGCAAAAAUAUAAAAGAAUAUAUUUUUUCAAUAUUGUUUUUUUUUUUGUUUGAUUGUGUUUAAAGCGAGUGCGCUUGGACGGGCCAAUUGAAGAAUCACGCGCGUGACGACGAAAAGCUCACGAUAAAACAAAUCGUGCAAAGUACAUACAAAUACGAAUUUUAACAAAUUUAUAGAAUUUAUGUAUUACAUAUACUUACACACAGUUGCGCAUAUACUUAAUGUGUUUGUAUUUGUGUGAAGGAGUGUUUAUUACGUUGGAAAUACACAUGAACGGCUCGACAUGUCGGCAGCGUCACAAGCGGCUUGAUUAUGCUAUAUGCACGACGAGAACAAUUAUCAACACGAAAAAAGCCAAAGCAACAACAAAUCGCGUCGUCAACACAUUUAAAUUUGCGAUUUUAAUUUGAAUUGAAUUAAAUGAAUCUUAGUGUAUAAUUUUCGUAGACGUCGCGGACUUAAUAAGCGACAGCGGGGCGUCCAGACGGCAGGCAGGCAGCGCGUUUUCAGUCGUGAUUUCAAGUAAACACGCGGUAGUCUAGCGCACAAAACGGAAGUUCUUAAGGCGUGUUAGGUGAAGUAUCCAGUGCAGUGCCGUAGAUUAUCCCAUGGGACGCCCAUUUAAUUACUAACUGCAGUGAAAAGGACUAAAAGAGCUUGCCGAGGCAAUUCAGCCAUAUUUAUUACUCCACGGCAAUAUAACGGUGCGCAACGUCUGCGAAUAGCUAUAAAAUAGUGCAACGACCUCUUUUAGUGUAUGCUUGUAUUGGUGCGUCUCCGUAUGUGCUCUGCAUAGGAGUUAAGAUCCUUUGCACAGCAUAGCGGCAGCAGACAACAGUAAACGGAAGCGGAAACAAAGUAGAGUUGAGUGUUGUGGAGUAGAGAACGAAGUUGUAGAAUAGUUGCAGACGUCGCAGCAGUUUGCGUCAUAAAGGCCCAACUAGCCAACAAUUCUGUGCCUUUUCACUAACACAAAUACAUAGCACACAGUGCAGUACAUAUAAACACGUUUGAUUUCGCUUCAUUGUUUUGAUUGCAUCGACGAUUUUCGAUCGAUUUUCCUCCACCCAAACAAAAAAAAAGAAAGAAUUUCCACCGCCUCCAAUACACCUUCAACCACCGCAGUCAACUUGUGCCGCCGAGUGCCUCAUUGAAUUUGUAUCGAAUUAUUUGAAUAUAUUUAUAACCAAGCGCCGUAAUACGAGUAGUAGUCGACGAUAUUAAGAAAGGUGAAUGUGCGCCGAGUUUCCAUUUACGCGUUGACCUUUUGUAAGCGCAUAAGCUGAAGUGAAGAAGCAAUAAUAGUGAAGCAGCAGUCAGCAGUCGCCCACAAGUUUUGCACUUUUUAGCGAAUUAAGCUCAAUAAUUUGAUUGAGUACUCAACGGCAGUUGGCAGCUUGGCAGCAAAGUAGGAAAUAAAACGAAUUGCACACAUCAAACGACAAAUGAGUUUCAUAAUCGAAAGUGGCAACACGUCAGCAGUGAAUACAGUAACAGCAACUACAGCUCAAACAAAAGAAGAAGAAGAAGAAGUGACAGCUAGCGACAACAGCAGCAUUAGCUUUAGCAGAAGUGGCAACAGCAGUCAGCGCCUACCCCGACGCACACUCACCUCACCACCACCUCCUAAGCCACCCAAGCCACUCAAGCUGACAAAGUGCCAUAGCAGUGAUCAUCAGUUGCAACAUCAUCUGCUCCUCGUCGACUUACCGAACUAUCAACAGCAACACCACGAACAUAAUCAAAUCAAUCACGCGCUUCGACAGCCUCCACACAGCCAUCAGCAACAUAAACAUCCACAUCAGCAUAAGCAUCAUCACCAUUAUCAUAGCCAUAAUAAGCAGAAAACCCCACCAAAUUCACAGCAAGUACAACAAAAAGAGCAACAAAUCGAUAGCAGUAACUUAAUGCCUUCGCUGGAUUACGGUGUGCCGCCACCGCUGCCACCAAAACCCAAAAGUUUAUUGCAACACAUCAAACCGCAGCAACAGCAACAGCAACCGCUUCAGGAGCAACAACAAUAUCAGCUGUUACAGCAACAAAAAAUAUUACAGCAACAAUUGCAGCAACAGUUACAGCAACAGCUGCAGCAAGUGCUUAAACCACAACAGCAGCUACUGGCUGAGCCGCAGCGAAAUUCCAAUGACACCACCACACAUCAUCAGCAACAACCACCUAAAUCACCAAAGCCUCCGCCAUCACCACGUACCCCAAAAUCCCCACUACCGCCAACGUCAUCCUCACCGCUCGCACUUCAGUCUGCUGGCAGCAAGAAGGACGCUGCGAAAUCGCCAACGCAAUCACAAACGCAAACUCAGACAUUUCAAUUCCAUCGUUUCCAUCAUCACAAAUCGGCGCCCACAUUUGAUCUCUUCUUCAAAUCGCCCACGAAUUCAUCCUGUGCCACGCCCCUAUCCAAAUCACGCCGCAACAGUUCAUAUCAUUCGUACGAUGAUUUGGAUGCAACGAGCGCCGAGAAGAAAGUUGUAUCCAGUUUGAAAUAUUUGUGCGCCUGCACUGGCGCCACUUUGCGAAAUCUCUCGAAGAAAACAAAAGAUUUACACGCGAAGAAUUACUGUUACACGAAGCCCACGUGGCGUCUCUGGGGCGAGGAGCACGAGAAGAAUGCAAUUUUCACUGUCUACCUUAAAAAGGUGCGCUAUCAUCGACCAACACCCACGGCGAACAAUGAUUCAGACGACGAAAUUAGCCACCUGGAAUGGGAAACGGUGAGAGUGCGCUUCGUGAAGGCGGCCACAUUGUCGCGACUGGUCGAGGCGUUAGCCACCGAUGAUGGUGAAUUGGAGUCGACAUUUAUCAAUGUAUUUCUCUCUACAUAUCGCACCUUCUCUACACCCAAAGAGGUGCUCGGUCUGCUCACACGACGCUAUGACACACUCAACGACAAACACCUGCAAGAGAUCGAAGAACAUCAACAACUCGAGGAUGUCAGCUACGAUCCGGCGGCGUCCAUACACGAACAGCAUAAGAAAACUCUAGUCUCUGCGUUGCAUGUGUGGUUGGAUGGCUUUCCGGAGGAUUGGAAUGAGGAUAACCUGCGGCAGAUAUUAACGUUUGCGUCAAAGCGGCUGCCGCGCUCAGAGUUGCAUGUGAAGGUAUUGCAUCGACUGGAGCGUAUACUGCGACAGCAGGUGUAUGGUGAGGGUAGCAUGCCACCUUGGCUGCCGAGCAGCAUGGCCGCGAAUGCAAAUGGCAGUGGCAUGAAUAUGAGCAUGAGCGUGGGUAUGUUGCCGCAACACUACAAUGCAGAAUUCACAGAACAAUUUGCGGGGCUCUGCUUGGCGCCGGCAUUUCGUGGCCCGACUCACUUCUUGCAGGCAUUCCGCUUUCCACACGUACCGGUGCGACAUUUCGCCGAACAGUUGACGCGAAUGGACUCGGAGCUGUUCAAGCGGCUGAUACCACACCAAUGUCUGGGGGCGACGUGGGCGCGACGCGAUAAAAGCGGCUCAGAAACAGUGGUGGCUACGAUAAAUCAAUUCAAUGCUGUACUCUUUAGGGUUAUUUCUAGUAUACUAAUUGAGCCAAGACUUAAACCACAGGAACGUGCUUUAAAUAUUGCCACCUGGAUUGAUAUUGCGCAAGAAUUGCGGUUGCUAAAGAACUUCUCUUCGCUGAAGGCGAUUAUUUCGGGCUUGCAGUCGAAUCCUAUUUACAGACUUUCAAAAAUAUGGGCAGUGCUACCCAAAGAAAAGAUGGAGAUUUUCAGUGAACUUGCCAGAAUAUUUUCGGAGGACAACAAUGCUUGGGCGCAGCGUGAGGUACUCAUGCGUGAGGGCACUGCGAAAUUCGCCGAUACGGUGGGUGAGCACGAUCGCCAUAUGCAGAAAAUCAUACAGAAACAAAGCACGCAGACGUCGCACGGCACUAUACCUUACCUGGGAACCUUCCUCACCGACCUGACAAUGAUACAUGCCGCCAUACCGGAUACGAUAGGCGAACACCAGCUCAUCAAUUUCGACAAGAAGCGCAAAGAGUUCGAAGUACUGGCGCAAAUUAAGCUGCUACAGGGUGCCGCCAAUACGUACAACCUGCGCGAUGACCCAAACUUCGAUCGUUGGUUCGCCUCAAUGCUGGUACUGGACGAGCGUGAAGCGCAUACACUCUCCUGCCAACUCGAGUCGCCCCCACCAGCGCCGCGCAAGUCGACUGCCUCAAUUAACACAUCGCUUACGAACACGACGAUCUCAUCGAACUCCAUGGGCGUCGGUGGUGUCGGCGGCAAUGGUCACCGCAAGACUGAUUCGAUAGCCUCGAACUCGAGCAGUGGUGCCGGAUCACAGUUCUAUUGCGAGCUGAACAACAGCUACAGCUCGCACUACAGUUCGCGGCAAAAUUCACUCGAUCGCGAUGCGCAGGCGCCGAACGCGUCACUGCUGUCUGCAUCGAGCAGCGUGUCGAAUCUUUCGAUGGACUCGAGUAAUUCGGGUGGACAGAAGUCGAAUACGAAAAUGUCACAUUCACAUUCGACAAAUGGCGUACGUGGUAGCGCGGCGGGACACAACAACUCUCAGCUGAAUGUUGGCUCGCCGAUUAUCAACGCACAGCUGGUGCAAUCACCGGGUGCGAAGACCAACAAUGCGCCCGAUUUUUACAUCAUACGCGUGACGUAUGAGACGGAGAACGUGGAGUUGGACGGCAUCGUGCUAUAUAAGAGCAUAAUGCUGGGCAACAACGAGCGCACGCCGCAGGUCAUACGCAACGCGAUGAUGAAGCUCGGCCUCGAGGCGGAUCCCGAGCAGUAUACGCUGGCACAGGUGCUACCCGACAAGGAGUUGGUAAUGCCGAAGAAUGCGAAUGUCUACUAUGCGGUGAAUACGAACUUCAAUCUGAAUUUUAUACUGCGGCCGAAGAAGAAAGAUGCCAGCAGCAAUGGCAGCUAGUGUUGUGGGAGGGGAGAAAUGGAGUGCGGGUACCGUUUUAAGCACGUUUUUGUUUCGACCGCUUUGGUGCUUUAGGCGAGUUGGAGGAGAAAUGGGGUGCGGAGCUUUCGCCGCGGCUGCUACGCAACUACAACUACAAAAUAUAUCGUAAUGAAAA